AUGGCUGUUCCGUCCAAGAUCCUGAUUGUCGGAGGAGGCGUGUUCGGAUUGUCUACUGCGCUCUCUCUGACGAAACGACACCCGACAAGCCAAGUCACCCUGCUGGAAGCCUCCCCCACCAUCCCGAACCCCCACGGCUCGUCCGUCGACACCUCGCGCAUCGUCCGCGCCGACUACUCCAACCCGAUCUACGCAAAGCUGGCCGUCGAGGCCAUCGAGCGCUGGCGCAACACCGAAUGGGGCCAUGAGGACCGCUACAUCCAAAACGGACUCCUUCUCGUGUAUCCGGACGGCGACUCCUCGGGCAAGGACUACGCCAUCAAGAGCUACCACAACGUCAAGAAGCUGGAGGGCAAGAACGUCGAACUGCUGCCGUCUGAGAAGGACGUGCUGCGUGUCGCCCCCGCAUUCGGCCCCAACCUCGGCGUUUCCGGCGGCUACAUCAACUGGGGGUCCGGCUGGAGCAACGCCGAGGAGGGCGUCCGGUACGCGAAGAAGAAGCUCGACGAGGAGGGCAAGGUGCGCUUCCAGACCGGCGAGGUGCAGCGCCUCCUCUUCGGCGACGCCGCCAACAAGCACAAGGUCACUGGCGUCGUCCUCGCCGACGGAGCCACCGUCUCCGCCGACCUGGCCCUCGCGUACAUGCGCAUCACCGACGAGGAACAAGCCCGCCUCGCCCAUAUGCCCACCAUCCUCAACUUCUCCACCGGCAUGUUCAUCCUCCCGCCCCGCAACAACCUCCUCAAGAUCGCCUGUCACGCCUACGGCUACAUCAACACCAAGCCCACGCCCGUCCCCGGCGCCGACGGCCAAACUGCCAAUAUCAGUCUGCCUGACAUCGACGUCCCCAUCCCCGUGGAUGCGGAGAAUGAGUUCCGCAUGGCCUUGAAGCAGCUCGUCCCGGCUCUUGCGGAUCGACCCUUCUGCAAGACCCGCGUCUGCUGGUACACCGAUACUCCCAAGGGAGACUUCAUCGUCACCCACCACCCGGAGUACUCCGGCCUAUUCGUCGCCACCGGUGGCAGCGGCCACGCAUACAAAUUCUUGCCCGUGCUGGGGGACAAGGUCGUCGACGCGUUGGAGGGUACGCUGGACAAGGAACUCCGCGAUAGCUGGGCCUGGCCGGACCCCGUAGACGAAACUACGUUCUUCGGGACAGAGGACGGAAGUCGUGCGGGCCCGAAGGGGUUGCAUCUGACGGAGGAGUUGAUCAAGGAUAGAAAGGCGAAGCGCACGAGCUCUUUGUAG